CGCCGCUUCUUCCCCAUCUCCAAGGACCAGCCUCGGGCCCUCUUGCCCCUGGCCAAUGUGGCACUAAUUGACUACACCCUGGAAUUCCUGACUGCCACGGGGGUCCAGGAAACCUUUGUCUUUUGCUGCUGGAAGGCGUCUCAGAUCAAGGAACAUUUGCUGAAAUCCAAGUGGUGCCGCCCCACGUCCCUCAAUGUGGUCCGGAUCAUUACGUCAGACCUGUACCGAUCGCUGGGGGACGUUCUCCGGGAUGUUGACGCCAAGGCCUUAGUGCGCUCGGACUUCCUGCUGGUGUACGGGGACGUCAUCUCCAACAUCAAUGUGACCAGGGCUCUGGAGGAACACAGGUUGAGGCGGAAGCUAGAAAAAAACGUAUCUGUGAUGACCAUGAUCUUCAAAGAGUCGUCCCCCAGCCACCCAACUCGCUGCCAGGAGGACAGUGUGGUGGUGGCUGUGGAGAGCAUCACAAACCGGGUUCUCCAUUUCCAGAAGACCCAAGGCCACCGGCGUUUCUCUUUCCCCCUGAGCCUGUUCCAGGGCAGUGGAGAUGGCGUGGAGGUGUGCUAUGAUUUGCUGGAUUGUCACGUCAGCAUCUGCUCUCCUCAGGUGGCGCAGCUCUUUACCGACAACUUUGACUACCAGACUCGAGAUGACUUCGUGCGAGGCCUGUUGGUGAAUGAGGAGGUCCUAGGAAACCAGAUCCACAUGCACAUAGCAACCAAGGAAUAUGGGGCCCGCGUCUCCAACCUCCACAUGUAUGCGGCCGUCUGCGCCGACGUCAUCCGCCGAUGGGUCUACCCCCUCACCCCAGAGGCGAACUUCACUGACAGCCCCACCCAGAGCUGCACUCAUUCCCGCCACAACAUCUACCGGGGCUCGGAAGUCAGCCUGGGCCACGGCAGCGUCCUAGAGGAGAACGUGCUCUUGGGCUCAGGCACGGUCAUUGGCAGCAAUUGUUCCAUCACCAACAGCGUCCUUGGUCCUGGCUGCCACAUUGGUGAUAACGUGGUGCUUGACCAGGCCUACCUGUGGCGGGGCGUCCAGGUGGCGGCCGGAGCACAGAUCCACCAGUCUGUGCUCUGUGACCACGCGGAGGUCAAGGAGCGGGUCACACUGAAGCCGCACUGUGUCCUCACUUCCCAGGUGGUGGUGGGCCCAGACCUCGUGUUGCCCGAGGGUUCCGUGAUCUCCCUGCACCCUCCGGACGCAGAGGAGGAUGAGGAUGACGGCCAGUUCAGCGACGAUUCUGCGGCCGACCAAGAAAAAGGGCACAUGAAGCUGAAAGGUUACAAUCCAGCUGAGGUGGGCGUGGCCGGCCAGGGCUACCUCUGGAAAGCGGCAGACACCAGCCUGGAGGAAGAGGAGGAGCCACAGCAAAAUCUGUGGGGACUUCAGCUCAGCAUGGAUGAGGAGAGCGAGAGUGAAAGCGAGCACAGCCUGGGCUCUGAGGAGCCGGACAGCCGGGCGGGCUCCCCACAGUUGGAUGAUGUCAAGGUGUUCCAGAAUGAGGUGCUGGGAACCCUCCAGCGGGGCAGAGAGGAGAACAUUUCCUGUGACAAUCUCGUCCUGGAGAUCAACUCUCUCAAGUAUGCCUACAACAUAAGCCUGAAGGAGGUGAUGCAGGUGCUGAUCCACGUGGUCCUGGAAUUCCCCCUGCAGCAAAUGGACGCCCUGCUCGACCCAAACCGCUACCGUGCCCUGCUGCUUCCACUACUCAAAGCCUGGAGCCCCGUUUUCAGGAACUACAUCAAGCGUGCGGCCGACCAUUUGGAAGCCUUGGCAGCCCUUGAGGACUUCUUCCUGGAGCAUGACGUCCUUGGUCCGUGCAUGGCCAAGGUGUUGAUGGCAUUCUACCAGCUGGAGGUCCUGGCUGAGGAAACCAUCCUGAGCUGGUUCAACCAGAGGGACACGACGGAUAAGGGCCAGCAACUGCGCAAGAAUCAGCAGCUGCAGCGCUUCAUCCAGUGGCUAAAAGAGGCUGAAGAGGAGUCAUCCGAGGGUGACUGAAGUCACACUGCUACCCCUGGCUCCCGGGUCAGGGCCAGGUGGAGCUGCUUGCAGAAGGACGAGAGACUAUGAGCCAAACUGAGGCUUAAGGAAUCAGAGACUGGAACUACAGUAUUCUUCCCACUGCCAGCAACCAGGCCUGCCUGGGGAGUUGGGAUUAGGGAAGCUGCCCUGGAAUAAAGCUCUGCCCAGGGCGGAGCCCAACGAGCCCUGCCAUCGGAGGCAGGCCAGAGGGACAGCUUGUGCUCUGGUUCUCCCCCCCCCCCGUGGGGCACAGCAGGGAGCAGCUGGGCCCCUCUGCUGCUUGUUCUGGUUAGUAAUUAAAAGAGAGAGAGGGGUGUGUUUG